CAUCACACAAGCCGAGUUUGGGGUUAAAAAACCAAGUAGCCGGCGCAGAAACAAGAACGAGCUUAUACGCAACGUUUCUAGAGAAACCCAAAAAGGUUGACGAAGAGACAGUAGUCAACAAGACUCUUUUGGCUGAGCUUUGCAUCAGAGCCGUGGACUUUUAGUCUGACGGUUCACAACGCAUGAAAGUCUUUUAAGAAUUUGUUAAAACUGUUUUAGUAACACGUGUCGCGUUCUCAUCGGUACAAAAACAUCAAAUUCAAAAUGAAAACUUUUUCCAAACAGAACGAAUUUUAAAGCGGCUUUGGUUUUACGCGCACAGAGUUUGAGCCGUCUUACCGACCUUCUUCUUAAGCCUCUUAAAUCACGCUGAACCGCCAUUGUCAACCUGAUCAAGAUCGCACGCUAAAGGCCCAAAUAAACCCCUUCUCUCUCUGCUGAGCUUUCAAGAUUACCGCAACAAUGCCGGGCAAUGUGUUGGCAGUUACAGAUGAUGCAGUUCUACCUGUUAGUACUGUUUUCAACAUAAUUGGGGAGCUUCAAGAUGGAGGGGUUGAAAAGUGGGAUCCUCAAAUAAUCACUCAAGUGUCUUCUCUAAGUCAGCUGCCUUUUGAGGCUUCCUCUAUGGAUGCUGUUAUUUCUCUCUGCAGAUCAAUUGAACUUCCGAGUGACCAUCUGUUGAGGGAAAUAUCAAGAGUCUUAAAGUCUGAUGGGACAGUCCUAGUAGUUUACCAUUCUCAGUCUAAUAAUGUGGAAACAGAUAAAAAAACCUCUGCCCUUGAGCGUCAGUUACUAUUGGUGGGUUUUCUGGAAGUCAAAGUUAUUCAGUUAAAAUUAAAUUUGGCAUCUGAUAGGCAGUCCUAUGUGCUUAAGGCUAGAAAGCCUUCUUGGAAGAUUGGUUCAUCCUUUUCCAUAAGGAGGACCAUAAAAAGUUUACCAAAAGUUCAGAUUGACGAUGAUUCAGAUCUCAUCGAUGAGGAUAGCCUAUUAACUGAGGAGGAUUUGAAGAAACCACAGUUACCACCUGUUGGGGAUUGUGAAAUUGGAAGCACGAGGAAAGCUUGUAAAAAUUGCACUUGUGGGAGGGCUGAAGAAGAGGAAAAAGUCCAGAAGUUGGGAUUGAAUGAUGAUCAGCUGAACAAUCCUCAGUCAGCUUGUGGCAGUUGUGGACUUGGGGAUGCAUUUCGGUGUAGUACAUGUCCUUACAAGGGUCUUCCUCCAUUCAAACUGGGUGAGAAGGUGUCGCUAUCUGGAAACUUCCUUGCAGCAGACAUAUAGACAAAGGGUUAAAACAAUUUAGGCUUCUUUUCUUCUACUAUAGAGAUGUGGUUUCCAUGUGCUGGAGAGUAAUCGGGCUGUUUUCGCUGUUAGCAUCCCAGGCUUGGUUUGCUUUAGUCAUUGUUUACUGCAUUCGGACAACAAAGCUUUUGUGUUUGUUUUAAGUUUUGUGUAAUAAUAUUGAAGUCGGGUUAAAUUUUAGCCUAUGGUUAAAUUCAAUUAUGGUGAAUUAUUGUUGCUUCAUUAAUUUUGAUUUGUUCUGUGUUUAAUACAAUAGUGCAUUAAUAAAUAGGAAUUUAAUA